AUGGGCACGCCCCUCCUCCCUCCCUCCACCGCGCGGCCUCGAGCUCUCCGGCGCUCCCCUGAGGUGGCCGGCGGCGGCCUCCCUCCUCCCUCACCACCGGCGGACCCCGAUGGCGCCGCGUCCCCGGCCGCGUCCCUCGACGCGGCGGCAAGAUCUCCGGCCGGCCUUCUUCCAUCCUCGGCCUCCCCUGCCUCUCCUCGCCUCGCCGGGGUGCGCGGAGGUGCAAGACCUGCGGCCGCGCGCGGGGCGGAAGACGCGGCGGCGAGGCCCAGGCAGAGGAGGCGAAGGCGGAGGAGAGGCGGAGCUCGCUGGCUCGCGGCGCGCAGGGCAGCGGAGCUUGCGAGGCGGCAGCCCGCGGAGGUCUACGAGGCGGGGGAGCUCGGACGGGGCGGGAGCCAUGCCGGCGCGUGGCGGACAUGGCGGGGAUCGAGGCGGCGGCGCCGGGUAGCCGUGGGUGCGGCGGGGUGGUGCGAGGCGGAGCUGCAGCGCGGCGCCCUGUAA